AUAUACCAAUUACAAUAUGUCCGGUCGUCAAGGUGGUAAAGCUAAGCCGUUAAAGGCUCCAAAGAAGAAGGCACAAGAAUUCGGUGACGAAGACUUAGCCUUCAAGGCCAAGCAGAAGGCCGACGCCCAAGCCAAGAAGGAAAUGGCUGAAAAGGCCAAGAAGGGUGGCCCAAUGGGUGGCAGUGGUAUCAAGAAGUCUGGUAAGAAAUAAAGGCUGUCGUUCUUGUUGUGUCGGCUAGAGGGCUAGCACAGCCCAGACGUUACAACGGUUUCGCCAUGUAUACACAUUAAUGAAAAAAAAGCUCUGCUUCGGGGUUUGAAAGAGUCAUACCGUAGGAUCAGUAGAAGUGGGCGCUGUUUGUCGGUCGAUGGUCGAGGCUUACACCAAAUAUAGCGAUUAGCAUAAGUUCAGCGCUUGGAGAUCUGAAUAACAGCUAGGG